CAGCACGAAGCAUUAUAUUCUUUUCAUAACUUAAAACCUGUUGCAGCGAUCUUGCAAUUGCAUACGGUUAUCAUAGCUUCAAGGCCUGCGCAGCCAAAGCUGCUAUCAUAUUCUGUCCUGUACGUUUACUGCCUGUAGGUUUCCAUUGUUUCAACAGUAUUUGGAAUUGUGUGUUCGUCCUUUAUAGUUCUUGUCAGUUAUGGAACCAUCAGGAGAGGAUGUUCCGCUGACGCACCCUGCGGAAGAUGUUGGUACAAACGGAGAUAUGGAGGAUGAUGAGGAGAAUGAGGAGGAGUGCGGCUGGUGCAAAUGGAUGAAAGCCGGAGGUUGCAAGGAUGAAUUCCAGGUCUGGCUGGACUGUGUGGACGGGCUGCGUGCGGCGGGUCGCGACGACGUGGAGAGCUGCGCCGAGGUGAUGGGGCCUCUGUGGGCGUGCAUGGAGCGACACAAGGACUACUACGCGCCGCAGCUGUCCUCGCUGGCGGACAAGAAGCGGGAG